AACAGGGUUGAGGACGAGCGUCUACUGGUGCGGCCAACAAACGGCUGGCCAUGGACCUCGAAGAGACGAGAAACGGCACCGGUGAUACCGAAGAGGAAUACAUCAAUAUCUACUUCAUGGUUGGGGACAGGAGGGAGACGGCGAGCUUCCGACCUGAUCACGUCACCAAUAAGGAACUCAGGGAUCUUUUUAGAAACGCUGCAGAGGCGGGACCCCUGGAUAUCGUGAAGCUUCGUAAGGACGAUAAACUGCUCAAUAUUUCGCCGCAUCUACCAGCGAAUACACCAGACCAGCCGUACAUACUGCAGAUUGUCGGAGCCCAUCCGGGAUCAUCAGGCAUGAUAGAGGCAGACCUCCUAAGAGAGCUUGAGACACGCAUCUCAGCAAUGGAACGUGAACUCCGGGUUCACCACUGGACGGAACUAUCAGAGCCGUCAGUGGCAUCCCUGAAGGAGCUCAAACAUCAAAUGGAUGCGUUUCGGGCUAAACUCGAAACGACGGAGCAUCUCAGCUGGCUCGGAUUUUAUAAAAAACUACCUGGACCAGUGUCCUCAGAGGCAUGCAGGAGAUUGCAGUACCGACGGAAGAGCGACACCAUGAAACGUCAAGUGCGCGAUGAGUUUCUCAAGAUCUGUGACGUCUCCCUAUCGCCAAGUGUAAGCCAAUGGCUAAGGUCUCCCGCCUUCGAUGUUGGCCAGUGGAAGGACGAGGAGUUGCUCCUAAUGUUACAGACAAUGUUCGUUGAACUUGAAUUACUCGAGAAGUUCGACAUUCCAUUGACAACACUCCGUAACUUUCUGUACGAGGUCUAUAAUAAUUACAAUGCAGUGCCGUUUCACAACUUCCGACACUGCUUCUGCGUCGCUCAAAUGAUGUACGCCAUAAUCUGGGCAGCAGAUCUCCUCUCAAAGAUUGGACACCUCGAAGUACUAGUGUUAAUCAUAUCGUCCAUAUGUCAUGAUCUCGACCAUCCUGGUUACAACAAUAUUUAUCAGAUAAAUGCACGCACGGAGUUGGCACUGCGGUACAACGACAUCUCACCCCUCGAGAAUCAUCACUGUUCAGUGGCAUUUAGGGUAUUGGAGUAUCCCGAAUGCAACAUACUAGCUGCUCUCGAUCCUGCUACAUUUCGUACUGUGAGAGAGGGAAUUAUCAGGUGUAUUCUGGCCACUGAUAUGGCGAGGCAUAAUGAGAUACUAGGACAAUUCACUGAGUCCAUUCCGGAGUUUGAUUAUGCGAAUAAGUCUCAGAUUAAUCUGCUGUCGAUGGUGUUGAUAAAAGUCGCUGACAUAAGUAAUGAGGCACGUCCAAUGGAGGUUGCGGAGCCCUGGCUGGACCAGCUCCUGCAAGAGUUCUUCAAACAAAGCGACGCAGAGAAGCUCGAGGGAUUACCAGUGACGCCUUUUAUGGACCGUGAUAAAGUUACGAAGCCCUCGUCACAGUGCAGCUUCAUUGGUCUCGUACUUUUACCACUCUUCGAAGCACUCGGUGAACUAUUGCCCGAGCUGGAGGACAUGAUAGUCCAGCCGGCCCGUGACGCCCUGGAGUACUACCGGCGGCUGAACGAAGCCGCAAAAGACGAGCGUCACCACCGCAAGAGUGUGAUCGAUCUGGGCGAAUCGACGCCCUCAUCAGCGCCCUCUAGCACCGCGGCGUCGUCAGUCAUAAAGUCCGCCUCCUCCCACAGCAUGCGCUCCAAGCGAUCAGCCAGCACCAUUCGCUCACGCUCGCGUUCCAUCGAGGACGAAGCAGAGAACAAUCUCCUCGAAGAAGACGCCGAGAACCCCGAGAGCUCGGACCCGGAAACGGCGACGGAAGUCGAAGUGAGUGAGAAAACCUUGAAAUUCAAAAUCUCCACAGAGGGCAACGUUCCGCCGCAAUCGGGUCGCAAAAGCUAUCCGGGCAGCAGAAAGGGCAGUCGUGAGAAGUCUUCCUUCGACUAUCACCACCACGACCUGGCGAAGGCUGUCAGAGAUCAUGAUAGAGAACGGAAAAAGAGUCGAGGUGAAAAUUUCUCUAGCGACGUGUCCUCUCCAGUGAGCGCUAGAUCGGGCGAGGACACGAGGAUUCUCGAAGAAUUCGAGAGGGACGAGGUGAUGUACAUCGACGGGAGAAUCGAGGAGGAGAGAACCGAGGGCAACGGCACCAUCAUCGAGACCAUCCCCGAGCGAAUCAACCCGAAGAAGCGGCCGAGCUUCGACGACAGAGACAACAGACCUCGUAAAGACGUCGUCGUGAUGACUGAAAGCGGCUUGCGCUGCUGUUGCGAUGACAAGACCACCUCCAACAACCACAAGUCCCUUCUUUCGAGACUGCGAAACUUCACAGACCGCCUCAGCAUUAGCUUCGACUCCAAAGAGCCACCUGUUUCAAAACCGACGAAGCACGUCCCAAAGCCCUUCAUGAAAAGUAACUCAAUCGUAUCUGGCUCAACAUCCCGUCAGACGCCUGUUCAUCUCUGCAAGCGUUGCAACCUCAUGAAGACAGUCAAAGAGGCUAAAGACCCUAAUCAAACCGUUGUAGAACUUCUGGAGAAGCGUGCUAUGACGCUGCCUAAGGUCAGAAAACACGAGGGUAAGAACAAAAGUUGGAAAAUGGUGUUCGCCAAGGAGAAGCGGCCAUCGGCUUCUCUCGAAGUGCUGCCAGCCCACGAUACUGAGACUGCUGCUAUCAAGCAUAAACGGAACCUCUCGAAUCCGGAGAGCAAAUUGUCGGUGACGAAGACACAGAGUUUGAAGGAAGUCAAGGAUCAGAAGAGAUUGAACUUCAAGGAGAUCGAGGUGAGGAGCAAACCCCGGCCAGAGAUUGUGGUGCAUCCUGGAAGUUCGAAUGUCGUCGAUGAGGAUAUUGAGAGGGUGGAGAUCAGAAGGAGCUCGGCUAGCAUGGAGGACAUCUCCAAGAUCACUAAGCAGAACGAGGGCAUCCUCCUGGGAACGUUGGAGGACAAAAAGUGCGAGGAGAUGCACACGGGGAGUCUUGACUCCAUGUUGUACAAGGAGUCCGCCAAAGACGUGAAGAAGGGCUUUGCUUUUGCCAGCCCUUGCAGCACGAAGAAGGCGUCACCGGGGCUGUUCUCGAGGUUCAGGUCGGGCAUGAGCAUCGAUGGGACUAGGUCGAACAGCAAUAGUGGAUCUCUGCAUGAUCAACCGACGCAGGGUGGGUGGAUCUCGUCGUUGACCGCUAGCUUCAGACCCAAAAGGCAGGUGGGGGAGAUGCCGGCUUCACCGGGACAUGAGGAGGUCAAGUGAUACGUUAUGAUUGUGAAUAGCAAAGGUGAGGGGAGGAGUCACUGGAGCGAGUGGUGGGCACAACGGUUACCUUGCUGCAGUGGGUGAAGGAAAUUCUUUAUUUAUUAUUCUGGGGGCUGACAUCUUUGCGAUUCAUGAGAGGGGCAGUGGGACUGAGCUUCCAAUUUUUGAUUGAUUGAUUGGUUGGUUGAUGAACGGGGAAAAUGGUUGAGAAUUAUCCUCGUUAAAAGGGAUGGUAAACACGGGGGAUAUCUCGAAGGAAUGGAGGGAGCAAGGCUGUAUUCAUGAGCACAAUAGCCUGCCUCGAGUUUUCAUGAAGCCCGAAACAUGAAUAAAUAAUGGGUAAUUGCUCUGAUCAUUUAGGUCAAUGACGAAUAGAAUGAUCCAACUCUCUUAAUGGUGCAUUUAGUAGAGAUCUCUUCAAAUAAAUAUGAUUGGAAUCAUAAUAGCUAAAAGUAUGAGGUUACGGAAUGUUUCGGACGUUAAGGAUGAACCGGCGAGGUAAAAAAAUGUAGCCAAUUUUGGGAAUUCUUUAUAAAUUUUUUAAUAUUAAAAUCUUUUAUUUUUAAAUGUGAUCUAAAUGUUCAAUUAAAAGAGACAGAUAUUUUUGUUCAGGCAUUGGUUUUCUGCAGGAAUACAAUAGAUUCCAUCCGCGUCACCUCCGACAUUUAGUCAUCGCCGGUUCAUCGUUAAAUGUAGAAGAAUCUGAAUGCAACACAAUGAAAAUGAUAAUCCAUUUUUUAUAUUGAACAAAUAAUAAGAAUAUAUAAAUUAUGAAGCAUGAAUUUACAUAAGAAAAUAUAGAAUUUGAGAGGAAAUGGGUGAAAGAGAAGGCAUCAAUGAUGGCGCUAGUUGAGAAAUGAAGCAGAAGAAUUUUAGGUUAUCGAUGGAUCAUUCUGAGAAUAUUGAAAAGACUUCUAGGUUUGUCUUCAUCACUUCAAGAUAAGAUUAAUCAAUCAAUCAAUUAAUUAAAUGACAGAUUUUGUUGUGAAUCUUCUUGAGGGAGUGACACAUUUUCAUUGAUGAAUUAUGUAAUAUCGAUGAUUACGAGAGAAUUCUUCGAUUAAUAAUGAUGAAAACUGGAAUUCUCAAUCGAUAUCAAUUAAUCUCGAAGCCGCGUCUGGCAUACGGUUGAAUACGUUGAAUGAUUUUAUUUAUUGUCCACCUUACGAUUAACGUAACGAGUAAUUAUUAAUGUUGUUCGUUAUGCAUCAUUAAAAGAAUAUAUAUAAAUAUAUAUGAAUAUAAAUAUUAAAGGUUUAGUAUAUAUUUAUAUAUAUGUGAAUUGAAUGGAGAAAAUUGCCGUUAAAAAAACGUAUAAACAUGCAUAUACACGUAUACAUCUAUAUCUACGGUAAGUAUAACGGUAGGUCAAUGAAGGAUUUAAUAGAUAUAUUGAUUGUAAUUACAAUUGUGACGAACAAAAAAACAAAUCAAGAAAUGUGCUUCUUUGGACCACAGUAUUGUUAUCAUAUUCUCCAUUCUGAUAAAUUACAUGUAGUGCAAGCAGAAAUAUGAAAAACAGUAUUCAGAAAAAUUAUUCUUCCAAGGGGAGGUUCACCCCGGAAAAAAAAUUUCUCGUUUAUCGAAAAAAAAAAUUGAAAAAUAACAUUUUCCGCGCGAUUUUUCCUCAGAAAGCUGAUUUUGUAGCUCCACUCAACAGCGGAGAAUCGAAUUUCUUUGAAAAAUCAACUUUACAAAAAUCGCCAACGUCUUUUUUUUAAUAUUUUUUUUGUCUCACUCGGCCAUUUUCAAUACUAGUAUUCACCAAUUCGAUAUUUGGAUGAAUGAUUUUUCUGGAUAAAUCAUCAAAAAUACAAAGCAACCUCAUCGUAUCAUUGAAAAAGCCGAAUAAUCCGCUACUCAAUGAUAAUUGCGCACAUUCUUCACCGAAAGGGGAAAAUCAAAUAAGUCUGUCUCAUGCGCAAAUUACUAUUCAAUCAUUAUUUCCGUAUAAUUACUGUAACGAUUAAAGAUCAAAACCACGAGUGUAAUUGUUUUGAAUGUUACGAUAAAACAAAAAAAAAUGAGAGAAAAAAAUCAUGUAGUUUACCUAUAAUAUCUAAUAGUGUCUGUUUCGAUGAAUUCGUGUAGAGAUAUCGCUAUUUAAUUAAUUAGCAGGAGGAGCAUAUUGCGAAGAAACCAUUAGAAAGAAUUUUAGUUCAUGAAAGGGGGGGAGGGGAGCUUAUUCUGAAUGAAUAACUUUCAACGAUCCAUCAGAACAAACUGUCACUGAUUUACAUUCUCAAACGAUUAUCACGCCUAUGAUUUUUAGAUGUUUAUAUUUUUAUACUUCACCACUGUUUUCUAUACGGCGAUUAAACCGCAUGUAUUGUUGAACUCUAGUCUUACGUUUAUUGUGUUUUAUUCCCAAUACGGAUUGGGCAUUUAUGUCGUUUUUUUUUCGCUGACAAAUUCUGUUUUUAAUUUUAAUUAUUGCGAUUGUCAUUUUGACUCGAUUCAGUGGAGAAGUGAAAGAUGGUGAUAAAUUGAUCAAGAAUAGAUUGAUCAUUGCAGUAAUUUUUUCUGGAAGAAGGAAUUUAGAGAUGAUUGUCUCAAAAUGCCAUUUGUUUGUCAUCUUCUAUUCUUGAUCAUUUUUAUACUGAAUUAAUCGACGAUUUUUCCAUUAUUUUAAAUUAUUCUAGAAUUCGUUACCACGUGUUAUCCACAAAUUUUUCCGCCUCGAUUGAAUAAUGAAUAAAUUGUUACUAUCGCGUGAUACUCAAUCGUAACAAAUCUUGAAUCUUGCGACCAAUUUUUCCAAACGUUAAAGUGUACUUCUCUUUUAAAUACAAAAUAAUUCGAAUGAAUCAUUAUAACUGAACUGUUAAUGAGUGGAAUAUUUUUAUGGCGUUUUAGUAAACGCAGAUAUCGUUUGAAUUAUAUCCUGAAAAAAAAAAUUAACCAAAAACUUCGGGUUUAGAGUAAAAUCAAAUGAUGUCAAUGUUACAAAUGAGGCAAAACUGGAAGAAAGGACAAAAAAUACAUGAAGAAACAAAAUGAACAAGAUAAUUAUAUAAAAAAAACACUACCUGUGCCUGAUGUUUGUCAUUUAUUUAUUUUAAUCUCUUCCUAUUUACUAACUCUACUUGAAUAUGGCCUAAAGUGUUAACGGUGUUCUCGCUGGCGUUAAUUCAACCUGAGUAUUCAUUAUCCCAGUGAGUGAAACAAUUCCAAAUACACAGAUGGCAAAAUUUAUGGAAAAUAUAUAUUUAAUUGAGAGAAAAAAAAUGAUCCUAAGUGUGAUGGAAUUAAACGUAUCAAUGAAUUUUUGACUUUUAUGAGGAAAAGAUGGUGGUGACAUGUCAUAACAUGAUGAUGACAAAACAACGGCACUGAGCGCAAAAGUUUACGAUCUAGAAAAAAAUUACGACUUUACACACUUGUAACACAAUUUACUUUUUGGAAUUCCGGUCAUAAGCCCACGUUUUACGGACGCUACGUUACAGCCGUUAUGACAAAAAAUAUUGUUCGUCAUGGCUUAAAAAAACUUUUCUAGCUCAUAUGAUUGUAACUCAUAUUCACCAGAAUUUUUUUUUUCGGUCUAAUAACGAAAUAGUAUGUUUCGACACUAGGCCGUAAGGAACUUUUCUGGUGAAUGAGGUUACAGGACGAGCCGAGGCGACCUCUGUAAUCAUAUGAGAUAGAGAAGUUCUUUUACGGCCGCGUAUCGAACGAUAUUUUUUAUCAUUAGGCCUGAAAACAGCGGUUUACCGAGUCCAGUGACAAAAUAGGAUAUUUCGAUACAAGUACGGAAAAGUGUUUUUUUCCUCGUGGGAGGUUUAUAGCACGAGCCGAUGGGGAGUGAUAUAAUCCCACGAGGCAAAAACACUUUUCCCACGGGUAUCGAACGAUACUUUUCAUCACAAGUGAAAAAAAUUUCACUUUACGCACAAGUGAUUAAAAUAAGAUUUUACAUACCUGUGGCUAUUUUUCCAAGAUAUUCUGCUGCAGAAUUCAAUCCUCAGCUAUUUUGGAGUAUCAUAAUAUUGUCAAAAUGAUGUUUUUACAUGGAACCACGUCAAUAAAUUUAUGUACUAGAUGUUUUCACGUCUGAAUUUCCUCUUCAACCUGACUGCACUUUGCCAUUGAUAGAUGGACGGUGGGAGGGUGGAGUCUGUGAUUUGCCGGGGCGGGGGGAGGGAUGGAGUAGAAGGAGAAAAUUGGAUCGGCCUCUGACGAGUUGGCAGUUUGAAUUGAAUUGAAUUGAAUUUAACGAGAUGACUAUUCGAAAAAUUUUCGAUAUGUGCUAAUCGUACACACAGCGAUAAAAAACCAUACCGAUAAAAUCUAACGGCCGAAAUGAAAUGUGUGUAUAAAUUGGUUGAACGGAAAAAACUCAGAUCCAUCGUACGUGGAUCGUGAAAUAUCAUUUAUUGGAUAACACAUGAAAAUCUCCGUAAUUAUAGAUAUAUUUAAUAUAAAUAUACAUAUUAAAUGAUAUACACGAAUAUAUAGUGAUUAAGUGGAUAAAUGAUGAUUGGAGGAGUCAAGAAAUUCUACCUAACUAUUGAAGUAAUUAUUAAACGUAAUUAAUCCGUAUAAUUGUUCCGCUUGCUGGCGAGCUGACGAUUAUUUGAUUGUAUAAUAACUUCUUGUGGUCCAUGGAUAUAUUAUUAACGUCAGGGGGGGAAUGACGAAUCAUUAUUCAAUCGAAUGACGUUUCGAUUUAUUGAGACUAAUUGUUGGGAGGGGAGAUAGAAUUUUUUUCGGUGGAAUACAACAAUCAUAAAUUGUAGAUUAAAAUGUUUCACUGACGAUUUCCAAAUUUUGAAGGACGGUAUUGGAUUUUUUUCCGAUUUUCUAUGUGAUCCGGAGUUGAGAGAUCAAUAAAUUUUAUGAAUGUUAAUGUGACAGCACAAAAUUAUGAUUUAACAUCACAUUGGUAUUAUUGUAUUUAAUCACUGAUUUAUGUAAUGAUUCGGAGUUUCUGGGAAUCAACGCCAAAGAGUUGAAGAAUAUUAUAAUGAGAUUCAUAAAUUACGACAUUUGUAGUUCAUGACAGCUCUCGUUAUCUCAUUAUUUUAUUUCAUUCGGUUUAUUCAACGGAGCUGAAUGAACAAAUGCACGAGAAAUAAAAGUACCAUCUUUAAUUAUAAGUAUAAUAACGUAAUAAAAGUGUAUCAUUGUGAGAAGAAAAAAAUCAUCUACAACCUGACUAAUAGUUUCUUUUUGUAAAUAAAAUUGAGUGCAUACAAUAAACGUAUAACAACUGAUUACAUUU